CUUCUAGACUUAGUCUUCUUCCUCCGACAUCCCCAAAUCCCCGACGGCUUCCAAUUCCCAACCCAAAACCCUCUCGUUUCCAGUGGGUGGUGCGGCGAGGUGACCACGGCGGCGGAAGGAUGGCGAAGGGCGGCGGUGGCAGCGGGCUGAUCUGGGCGACGGCGGAGGAUCUGGCGCGGAACCGGCCGGUGGUGCUGUCGCUGUACCGGCAGAUCCUGCGGGCGCUGAAUUCGCCGGAGCUGCCACUGGGGUACGCGGCGCGGCUGGCGAAGAAGGCGGAGUGCCGCGCCAUCUUCAUCUUCGGCGCCGAGGAGAGGUCGCUCCACAACAUCAGGGACCUCCUCGACACCGCGCGCCACACUCUCGGCCUCCUCAACCGCGGCCGCGUCCCGUAGAGAGGAACGAAGAGUCUCGCAAGUCGCUGUUCCCAAUCCCCAUGGUGAUGAUGCUGAUGGGAAGGGUAAAGAGGAAUGCCAUGCCACACGCGAAGAUGAGGCCCCACCAUGGGAGCUGGACCUCGUGCUUCAGUACAGUGCAGAGGAGGAGGGACACUGUAACUGAAAGCGCCAUCAGUGAGUAGAACCACCAAGCAGGGAUGUCAUCAUACUUCUCCAUCAACUUUGUGUGGAUGUCAGGCUUCUCCUUCUGCGAUGCUUUGAAGCGGUGGUAGAUUUCCCUGCACAUAGAAGAGGCUGACAUGGGUGAAGGUGGUGGCAAUAGUGGCGAAGCUUAACCCAUAAGAGAGUGCAAAGAAUAUGCUGAGGUUGACUUUGCCAUGCUGAUUGUACACGUCCUUGUCGAGCUCAAACUGACUGUUCACAAUUGAAGGGAUGUUGUACUUGGUGCCGUUUGACAUGAACAGGUGCAAGGAGAGGAUGGGGAAUGUCUUGGCGUUGUACAGGUUGAACCCCCAGUAUGCUAUUGCCAUGAUCAGGUAGACAGAACACAUAGCCAAAGAAGAUGUUGACAGUGGCGAAGAAGGGUGAGAUGAGGGGACUGAAGAGGAAGGACGAGACUGUGGACCAGUCGAGUGUGAAGGUGCCGAGGCCAAGGCCCUUCAUGCCCGACCCCAGCUGCUGUGCCAUCACGGACUCGGACUUGGAGAAAACCCAGCACACCCAUGAGAUGGAUGUCAGGGCCGGGAAGAGGUAACCUGGAACGGCAUACCAUGCGAAGCUGCAGAUGGGGGCCAUCACGAAGAACUUGAAACGUGAGAUCUGGCGCGAGCCCAUGGGGACUUCUUCCUUCUCGUGCAUUGCUCUGGUUUACCAUCUAGAGUAUGAUUAUAGCCGUUGUUAGCAACAUUUCUGUAGGCGAACCAUAAUGUCAUGAAAACAUGCAGUCUGUACAGUAUAACUACUACAGCAUGAGCUU